AUGCUUUUCCAUCUUUAUUCGUCUACGCUUUUAUCUUCGUAUAAUUCUUCUACAUUUUUUCGCCUUUUUCUUUUCACCAAAUGCUGUUCCAUCUUUAUUAGUCUACGCUUUUAUCUUGUGCUUCUCCCCCAUUUCUCUAUAACCUCCUUUUCUUCUAAUUCUUCUUUUCUAUUAUCGCCUUCUUCUUGCUUUCACCUUCUUCUUUUAGCCCAAUGCUCUGCAUCUUUAUUCUCUUACGUUUUUUUUCACCUAAUUCUUUUUCAUGUUUUCGCCUUCUUCUUUGUACCUAAUGCCAAUCCACCUUUUUUCUUUUACCUUCUUUUCUUCGCCUAUUUUUUUUCUUCAAAUCUUCCUUCUUUUCUAUCACCUUUCUUCCUUUCUUUUACUUUUCCUUAUAUUUGCUGCCUUUUUUUCUACUUUAUUUCCAGUGAUGCCGCACGCUGGUCUAUAACAAAAAACUUAUCUAUCUAUCUAUCUAUCUAUCUAUCUAUCUAUCUAUCUAUAUAUAUAUAUAUAUAUAUAUAUAUAUAUAUAUAUAUAUAUUUUAUCUAUCUAUCUAUCUAUCUAUCAAGCACUUCCCUUCUUUUCUUCUUCCACACCUCUUUCCUUCUUCUUCAUUUCUUACAUAGUCUCUUCUUUUCUUCUUUCAUGCCCCUUUCUUUCUUUCUUUCUUUCUUUCUUUCUUUCUUACAUCGUCCCUUCUUUUCUUCUUUCAUGCCUCUUUCUUUCUUUCUUUCUUUCUUUCUUUCUUUCUUUCUUCCUUUCUUACAUCGUCCCUUCUUUUCUUCUUUCAUGCCUCUUUCUUUUUUUUUCUUUCUUUCUUUCUUUCUUUCUUUCUUUCUUUCUUAUAUCGUCCCUUCUUUUCUUCUUUCAUGCCCCUUUCUUUCUUUCUUUCUUUCUUUCUUUCUUACAUCGUCCCUUCUUUUCUUCUUUCAUGCCUCGUUCUUUCUUUCUUUCUUUCUUUCUUUCUUUCUUUCUUUCUUUCUUUCUUACAUCGUCCCUUCUUUUCUUCUUUCAUGCCUCUUUCUUUCUUUCUUUCUUUCUUUCUUACAUCGUCCCUUCUUUUCUUCUUUCAUGCCUUUUUCUUUCUUUCUUUCUUACAUCGUCCCUUCUUUUCUUCUUUCAUUCCCUUUUUCUUUCUUUCUUUCUUUCUUACAUCGUCCCUUCUUUUUCUUUUUCAUGCCCUUUCUUUCUUUCUUUUUCUUUCUUUCUUUCUUUCUUUCUUUCUUUCUUUCUUUCUUUCUUUCUUUCUUAUCGUCCCUUCUUUUCUUCUUUCAUGCCUCUUUCUUUCUUUUUUCUUUCUUUCUUUCACAUCGUCCCUUCUUUUCUUCUUUCAUGCCCCUUUCUUUCUUUCUUUCUUUCUUUCUUUCUUUCUUACAUCGACCCUUCUUUUCUUCUUUCAUGCCCCUUUCUUUCUUUCUUUCUUUCUUUCUUUCUUACAUCGUCCUUCUUUUCUUCUUUCAUUCCUCUUUUCUUUCUUUCUUUCUUUCUUACAUCGUCCCUUCUUUUCUUCUUUCAUGCCCUUUCUUUCUUUCUUUUUUCUUUCUUUCUUUCUUUCUUGUCGUCCCUUCUUUCAUGCCCCUUUCUUUCUUUCUUUCUUUCUUUCUUUCUUUCUUACAUCGUCCCUUCUUUUCUUCUUUCAUGCCUCUUUCUUUCUUUUCUUUCUUUCUUUCUUACAUCGUCCCUUCUUUUCUUCUUUCAUGCCCCUUUCUUUCUUUCUUUCUUACAUCGUCCCUUCUUUUCUUCUUUCAUGCCCCUUUCUUUCUUUCUUUCUUACAUCGUCCCUUCUUUUCUUCUUUCAUGCCCCUUUCUUUCUUUCUUUCUUUCUUUCUUUCUUACAUCGUCCCUUCUUUUCUUCUUUCAUUCCUCUUUCUUUCUUUCUUUCUUUCUUACAUGGUCCCUUCUUUUCUUCUUUCAUGCCUCUUUCUUUCUUUUUUUCUUUCUUACAUCGUCCCUUCUUUUCUUCUUUCAUUCCUCUUUCUUUCUUUCUUUCUUUCUUACAUCGUCCCUUCUUUUCUUCUUUCAUGCCUCUUUCUUUCUUUCUUUCUUUCUUUCUUUCUUACAUCGUCCUUUUCUUUUCUUCUUUCAUGCCCCUUUCUUUCUUUCUUUCUUUUUUUCUUACAUCGUCCCUUCUUUUCUUCUUUCAUGCCCCUUUCUUUCUUUCUUUCUUUCUUACAUCGUCCCUUCUUUUCUUCUUUCAUGCCCCUUUCUUUCUUUCUUUCUUUCUUACAUCGUCCCUUCUUUUCUUCUUUCAUGCCCCUUUCUUUCUUUUUUCUUUCUUUCUUUCUUUCUUUCUUUCUUUCUUACAUCGUCCCUUCUUUUCUUCUUUCAUGCCUCUUUCUUUCUUUCUUUCUUUCUUUCUUUUCUUACAUUGUCCUUCUUUUCUUCUUUUCAUGCCCCUUUUCUUUCUUUCUUUUCUUUCUUUCUUACAUCGUCCCUUCUUUUUCUUCUUUCAUGCCCCUUUCUUUUCUUUCUUUCUUUUUUCUUUCUUUCUUACAUCGUCCCUUCUUUUCUUCUUUCAUGCCCUUUUCUUUCUUUCUUUUUUUUCUUUCUUUCUUUUUCUUUCUUUCUUUCUUUCUUUCUUACAUCGUCCCUUCUUUUCUUCUUUCAUGCCUCUUUCUUUCUUUUCUUUUCUUUCUUUCUUUUUUUCUUACAUCGUCCUUCUUUCUUCUUUCAUGCCCCUUUCUUUUUCUUUUCUUUCUUUCUUUCUUUCUUUCUUUUUCUUUCUUUCUUUCUUUCUUACAUCGUCCCUUCUUUUCUUCUUUUUCAUGCCCUUUCUUUCUUUCUUUCUUUCUUUCUUUUUCUUUCCUACAUCGUCCCUUCUUUUCUUCUUUCAUGCCUCUUUCUUUCUUUCUUUCUUUCUUACAUCGUCCCUUCUUUUCUUCUUUUUCAUGCCCUUUCUUUCUUUCUUUUUUUUUCUUUCUUACAUCGUCCCUUCUUUUCUUCUUUCAUGCCCCUUUCUUUUUUUCUUUUUUUAUACAUCGUCCCUUCUUUUCUUCUUUCAUUCCUCUUUCUUUCUUUCUUUCUUUCUUUCUUACAUCGUCCCUUCUUUUCUUCUUUCAUGCCUCUUUCUUUCUUUCUUUUUUUCUUUCUUACAUCGUCCCUUCUUUUCUUCUUUCAUUCCUCUUUCUUUCUUUCUUUCUUUCUUACAUCGUCCCUUCUUUUCUUCUUUCAUGCCCCUUUCUUUCUUUCUUUCUUUCUUUCUUUCUUUCUUUUCUUACAUCGUCCUUUCUUUUCUUCUUUCAUGCCCCUUUUCUUUCUUUCUUUCUUACAUCGUCCCUUCUUUUCUUCUUUCAUGCCCUUUUCUUUCUUUCUUUUCUUACAUCGUCCUUCUUUUCUUCUUUCAUGCCCCUUUCUUUCUUUCUUUCUUUCUUUCUUUCUUUCUUUCUUUCUUACAUCGUCCCUUCUUUUCUUCUUUCAUGCCCCUUUCUUUCUUUCUUUCUUUAUUUCUUUCUUUCUUUCUUACAUCGUCCCUUCUUUUCUUCUUUCAUGCCUCUUUCUUUCUUUCUUUCUUUCUACUUCCAACCUUUCCCCGCUCUAAUCUACAACCCGACCAAUUUUCCUCUUUUCUUCCCUUUUAAGCAGACACAUCCUCCCUAUAAAAUGAGCGACACUAAAAGGAGGGGCAGAACCGAUGUUAUUUCUGUAUAUUUACCUAUCUAUUCUUUUAUAUUUCUAUCUAUCUAUGUAUUCUUUAAGUUUCUAUCUAUCUACCCAUCUAUUCUUUACAUUUCAUCUAUCUAUCUAUGUAUGUAUUCUUUUAAGUUUCUAUCUAUCUAUCUAUUCUUUAAGUUUCUAUCUAUCUACCUAUCUAUUCUUUUACAUUUCUAUCUAUCUAUGUAUUCUUUUAAGUUUCUAUCUAUCUAUCUAUCUAUCUAUUCUUUAAGUUUCUAUCUAUCUAUCUAUCUAUCUAACUUUCUAUUUUCUAUCUAUCUAUUCUUACAGUUUCUAUCUAUCUAUCUAUCUAUCUAUGUAAUCUUUAAGCUUCUAUCUAUCCUUUUAAUUUCUAUCUAUCUAUUCUUUAAGUUUCUAUCUAUCUACCUAUCUAUUCUUUACAUUUCUAUCUAUCUGUUCUUUAUAUUUCUAUCUAUCUAUUCUUUUAAAUUUCUAUCCAUUCUUUAUAUUUCUAUCUAUUUAUUCUUUAUGUUUCUACCUAUCUAUUCUUUAAAUUUCUAUCUAUCUAUCUUUAUCUAUCUAUCUAUCUAUUCUAUCUAUCUAUCUAUCUAUUUAUCUAUCUAUCUUUUCAUUAUCGACCUAUCUAUUUUCUAA